UCUAAUGUGCUUAAAAGAUCGCGGAACGUAAAUAAAGUGUCAGAAAACAUUUUGUGUCGUGUUACGCCUGUUGUGAGUCGGCAAAUAUGAUGUGGAAUAGAUAGAGAAAUGAGUGCUUGGUGGAUUUGUUUGUUGGUUGUUUUUAUUUCAUCGGUGAACAGCAAGUUUGAUUUGGAAACUCCGAUCAGGCUUGCCCAUUGCAGAGCCAGCUGUUUGUUUAAGAUGAAGAAUACGCCAGUUGACGAUGCCUCUUGCCAAAAAUCAGCUUUUUGUGCACAGUGUUGGAAAUCUUGCAGCAUCCUACAAACAACCUCCUUAAGAGACCUGCACUGCAGAAGAAAACAAUGUGGUCCAGGAUGUCUAGAAGCGUGUAAGUUCCACUCUCCACCUCCCAGACCUGUCUCUACAGCGCCGCUGGAGGAGAUGCUGGUAGUCAACCAGUCCAGAGUGUCAUGGCCGCCUACCUCAGGUCCUGUCAUAUAUGUGGUGAUGACUGACGGGACUCAGCUGUGUCAGACACUUCAAUCCUCUGUCUCUCUCCCACCCUCUGUAGACCCCACCACAGUGCGAGUGUUGGUGGUGGACUGGCGAGGGUUGGUCAAGGUGUUCUGCCCUGUAGAAGAGUCUCCUAUAGACCAGACGCUGCACAUACUUCGUAGUCUGGGGAUGGAAGAAGAAAUUCACGAAGCUCACAUUGAUUUGGACAAUGAAACGUACCUGGAGGAUUCAACAAAACAAAUCAGAAUAGACAGUUCCUGGGGAAUAAGUUUACUUUCUCUACAUCCUGAGCCAUCAUUGGUGCUGGCACAAAUCAGCUGGAAGCCAUAUCACAACCUCCUGAACAUUUCUUAUCUAGUCAGCUGGACUGCAGAGGACAAUGUGGUCAGAGGGAACAUGCUUACCAACACGUCCAUAGUCACUCUGUCAUUAUGGCCUGACACUACUUAUACUAUACAGGUAGCAUUAUUCAGUCUGGAGUUCCCAGUCGUCCAGAGCCAACCAAUGGUCCUAGACACUCGUCAAGAACACAAUACUAGUCAACCUUCCACUGAGUCCCACGGCCAUAUGGAUGACCCCCACCCCUACACCGGGGUCCACAGGGAACGCCACAGGGACAGAGGGGAUGAAGGGGUUGGCACAGGAGAGGAGUUGGCCGCUGGAGUUUCUGCAGCCGUCCUUGUAUUCUUGGGAGUUGUUCUCACAGCUACCUGGAGGUGGCGACACCGCCUUUACUUGCCACACAACAAACUCCUGGAUGAGGAGUCAGGUGCUCCAAAUCUUUAUCGAGUAUUUCCUCCAGUAAUGCGAUUAAUGGGAGAUUCUGGUCGAUCUUCGGACCUGUUUUCUUCUCAAGACAACCUCCUACAACACCAGUAGUGUAAAACUAGUCAAAUUUAGACAUUAAUAAAAUAUAAUAAACAUUUUUAAAAUAUUGUAUAAUUUUUUUUAAUUUUUACCAGUUUGUGUUU